AGAAAGACGGUGGAAAAUGAGGUAGCCAUAUUGUAGUGGAGGACCGAAAAUAUAGCAAGUCAGAGAAGCACAAAACAGAGCUAGCCAAAGUUAAAUUAUUCAAAGAAACGUUCCGUUAGGAGGGAGAUCGUUGGCAAUUUAGCCAUCUAAGACCGGGAAGACACCAUGAGUGGAGGAACCCCUUAUAUCGGGAGCAAAAUCAGCCUAAUCUCGAAGGCCGAAAUUCGUUACGAAGGGAUCCUCUACACUAUUGAUACUGAGAAUUCGACUGUCGCACUUGCAAAAGUUCGCUCUUUUGGCACAGAGGAUCGGCCCACCGAUAGGCCCAUCCCGCCCCGAGAUGAGAUCUUUGAGUACAUCAUCUUUCGAGGUAGUGACAUUAAGGACCUGACUGUAUGUGAGCCGCCCAAGCCAACAUGCUCUCUCCCUCAGGACCCUGCCAUCGUCCAGUCGUCCAUGGGCUCGGCCCCUCUGCCUGCUCCUGCUGCCGCAUCAGCAUCGUUUCAGUCGGUGGGCUCCUACGGCCUAUUCAACCGAGCCCCGGUGCCCCCAUACAACCAGUUCAGCACCAGCCCCUUGGUGUCCCCGCAGUUUGGCGCCGUUGGUGUCGGUAAAAGCCACAGCAGCACGAGGCCUGGAUAUGGAAGAUCAGUCCCCUCCUUUGGGAGUGACACAAGCUCAGCUGCACCCCAGUCUCAGAGCAGUGCUAUUGGUGCUGCUCUCCCCACUGAUUCACGCUCUCUGGGUACCACUACUACCCUUGUAUCUAAAGAACAGUGCAAACUGGCCCUAACCAGAAUAGAGAGAGGAGUGGGAGGCCCCGGUGCACAAUUGAUCCGCACUAGCCCCUCUCUGGACCCUCUGAGGAAGAGCCCCACCCUAGAGCAGGUUGUCCAGGCCACCCCAUCAGGCCCCCCAGCCCCUGGCUUGGGCCGCAGGAGUCCCGCUCCCGGCCGCACGGCCCCCUCGGCUGCAGCUGCCGGCCCCGUCCACCAGAAGGCCCAGCAGCACCACCACCAUAUCCAGGACGGGGGUGAACCCAGAAGGACCGGUGAGACUGUCAGUGGAGCCCGCAGCAACCAGGCCUGGCCUGCGCUCCGCAAUGCACCGAUCUCUCAACACCACACCACUGCUGUAGAUAGGGCUUCCACUGCAGGGCUUAUGUACUCUGUCUUUAGCGCCUCAGCUGGCUGCCCCCAACCUCAGAGGCGUGGUCGUGGUGGUGGACACCGCGGCAGGGGCCACUUCAACGUGCGCCGAGACGGGCCAAUGAAGUUCGAGAAGGACUUUGACUUUGAGAGUGCCAAUGCCCAGUUCAACAAGGAGGAGAUUGACAGAGAGUUCCACAGCAAGCUCAAACUGAAAGAUGAGAAGCCGGAGAAGGCAGCGGUGAACGGGGAGGAUAAGGGCGAUUCCGGGGUGGAGACCCUGAACAGCGAGGGCAACGCUGAUGAAGGGGGAGAGGCCCUAACGCCUAACGUAUACUAUGACAAGUCAAAGUCUUUCUUCGACAACAUCUCCUGUGAUGACAGCAGGAAAGCUGCAGAAAGAUCUGGAGGAGGCUCUGGUUUCCCACGGGAGCGGAGGCAGACCUGGGCCGAGGAGAGACGGAUGAACUCUGAGACAUUCGGCAUCCCUCUGCGUGGGGGUCGGGGCCGUGGGGGCUACCGUGGGCGGGGCGGUAUAGGCUUCCGCGGGGGCAGGGGGCGCUCGGCCAGCAGAGGGUCCUUCGGCCCCCCCCAAGGAGGCCACGGCUACAGGGGAGGAUACAACAGAACAAGCCAGGGAGGACGGGAGUUCUCAGAGAACUUUGAAUACAGGAAGGAUAACAAGGUGGCCGCGUAAAACAACUGGAGGACGGAUCAACAGAGUUGCAACACCUCAUGUUUAAAAAUAGUUUAGGUUGCUACUUUUGACUAAAGGAAUUAAGAUGUUCUAGCUGUAUAUUUGUCACCAGCACUGGGUUAGACUGCUUGAAUGCAACUUAUUUUCCAUAUCUUUUAACAAUGGAAAUGAUGCAAUAUGUCAAACACAAAUGUCAUGAUCUCUUCAAAACUAUUUCCAGGUGGCUUAAUUGUGUAUAAGUAUCAUAUUUCAGAGGGAUAUCAGUAUUUUUUUCUUUUCUUUUUUUGCAAUUGGAUUUUUUUUUCCUUCUCCUAAACUUGUAUUUGAUCAUAUUCUGUUAAAUGUAGAAGGCUGUAUACAUGAGCCUUCCAACUGAGGAGCACUGACAAAGGUUUAUUUGUUUGGAUAUAUCCUGUUAUAACUUCAGCGGAAAAAUAGUCAGUGGGGUCCGUCAGUUACUUCCGUGUAUACUACACAUACCAUACCUAGUCCGCUAGGCAUCUAUUUAUCCCACUCCUCUAAAUGGCAGAGCUUGUGGUUUUUUUGCUAAAUAUUCUCAACUUUUUGUCAAUAUUCUGUUUUUCAUUUACUUCCAGCUCUUACUUUAGAUGUUUUUAUUAGGGCUUUAUCAGUCUUCUGUUAAUUCUGGUUUAAACCAAGAAGGAAUCGUCUGUAUUGUCUGUUACUCCCAUUCUACACUGUCGUGUAUGGAGGAUAGAGAUGGUGCUAGAUGUUAACACUUAGCUUUAUUCUUCUGGUUUUGUGAUAUAGUUUAACUCUGGAUGCGUAACUAGGAGUAGGGGAUAGGUCAGUAAUGGCGCAUAAGUCAGAACUCAUUUUCUUUCUUUUUUUUUAAAUGUUCUGUAUUGCCCUGUACUCAAGGGCUCCUGGUAUUGUGUGACUAGAGUUGUAUAAUGCUGCUGUUUGCUACAGUUCUUUUUCUAGCGUCAUCUACAAGAGCUAGCUAAAGCAGGCCAUCUAAGUAUGCUUCUUCCUGACAAAUGGCCCAGUUUAUCAUUGGUUACAUUUUUGUUUGUAACCUUUCUAUGGAACUUCCCAAAAUGUUGGUUAUUCACUUUUACCUCUUUUUUUUUUUUUUUUUUUUUUGCCAGGCAGUUGCUUCUGAAUUGGUUAAAACCUCAUCCUGAAUUCUCCAUUUCUUUCAAACAGGAAUGCCAGAAAUAAUUUCACCCACCAACAUUGCUUAGUACUUAAGAUGUCUGACAGAGAAACCAUGUCCUGACUAAGCUCUUGCCACUAACUCUGUCAUCGCACUGCAUGGUGGUUGAUAGCCUGCUGCAGCUACACAAUGGCAGAAGAAUUACUGAGUUGAGUACGUAGACUAUUAGAAUGAGGUGCAUAGCCAUUUGGUUUUAGUGAAAUAGGCAUUAGUUACAUAGCAACAUUGAAGCUAUUUUUGGAGGAUUUGAAUGAUUGGGCACAAAUUGGGCAAAGGUUUGUUAAUGGGAAGUAAUGAACUUUGACUGAGUAUUAGAAAGGUACACACAGUUGCACUUUUACUAUUGAAGUCAUUUUAUAAACAGUUGUCUUUUAGUUAAUUUGUGUAUACUGAGGAUGUAUUCCAGUUCUGCUAACUGGGUGACAAUAUGUAUGAGUCCCACAUGUCACCCUAGUCCCUAUAUCGUGAACUACUUGGCUCUGGUCAAAAGUAGUGCACUUUAUAGGGAAUAGGGUGCUAUUGGAGACACUUACAAUAAUGUUACCAUGGUAACUGCACAGUGCUAUUUGGUGAACUAGGCGCUCCUUCAUUUGAAAAUGUACUAGAUUUAUUCAGAAGUAUGUAAAUGUCAACAUUGCAAAAUUUGAACGUCUUGAUCAUUUCCAUUGAAGGAUAGUUAUUCCCUGGAAUUGAGGCACUGUAGUGGAAAGUGUUUUUGCUUCUGCCCCCAUUUUAACUUUUGAAAGCUUCAGUUAACUUAAAAAGUACCAAAAAUCUACGUACGACCCUUGUCUAAUUUAGUUCGGUUGUGUUUUAAGUCCCGCAUAGAAUGGUCUUUUCUCUUCCUAUUAUUUUGGCAAUGUUACUCAUGCAUGUCACCUGUUGUAAUUUGUUCAGAUACUCUGUCCAAAAACAAAUUUGGCACCUUAUCGAGGCAUGCAGAAAAGUCAAUAAUGUGUUAAAUUGGAUGGGGGAUGCUCAAAUUCUCACAAGUGUCUUAGAGGCGUCUUGUCUAGGACGUAGGGUGGUAAUGUAGAAUGGCUGGUGUGAUAGGAUGAAUCUCAACUGUAUUGCCUUGAUUUCUCUUUCCUUGCAUCUUCCUCAAAACACUUUGGGAGAAGAUCCUAUGCUUCAAUGUGCUUUGUGAAGACAAAGGGAGGACAUAAGGAAUCAAGGAAAUAGUUGAGAUGCACCUAUAGGAUCAUGUGCCUAGUUCAGGGGAAUGUCCUUUGUCUCCAUUUCAUGUUGGGUUGUAACAAAACGAAUGCACAGAACACUGCAUGAGGGUCCUGCACAUCAGAAGCUGCAAAAUCAUGACCCAAAGCAACGAAGAUACAAUAACUUACUGAAAUGUCUGUGCUGUGGGUAGUUUGUUUGCACUUCAAGAUCUUUAAUAUACAGACGUAAAGGUUAUUGUUUAUUUGGGUUACUUUUCCUAACAGUCUCUGGUGUCACAGCCACUUGUUUUGUCUCUAAACCCGGCAUGAAGAUCUCUCCUGUGGGCCUCAGUGGACUUUUUUUUUAAAUUCAGAGCAUACAAUAAAAGUUGUUCAUUACAUUGUAUUUUUCCUCCUUAUGGUUUGAGUGUGAGUACCUGCUGAGUAUUCCAUUGCUUGUCUUAAUCAUUUUCCCCCUUCGCAGCUUCCUCAAAUAGAAAUGGUCAAUUCCA